AUGGAGUCUUCUAAGCAGCUCACUGCUCUUCUCUUAAUCUCCAUGUUUUUCAUCUCUUCCGCCGCACCAAUUGCUCUCGAUUGUGUACCCUGUGGCGAUAAACCCCCUCACCACCAUAAUAAACCACCCAAAUCCCCCAAACCACCUACCGGUAAACCACCAACCACCCAUCCUCCCGUUGUCAAACCACCAAAAACCCACCCGCCAGUCGUCAAGCCACCAGUUGUAAGACCACCGGUCGUUAAACCACCAAUCACCCUCCCACCGAUCGUCAGACCACCAGUUGUUACCCCACCCAUCGUCAAACCGCCAGUUGUAACCCCACCAAUAACCCUUCCACCAGUUGUAACACCACCAAUCACCCUUCCACCCAUCGUUAAACCACCAAUUACCCUCCCACCAGUAGUGAACCCACCAUCUACAAAGCCAGGAACUCCAUGCCCACCACCACCGUUUGUUCCUGCGCCAGCGGCCACCUGCCCCAUUGACGCACUGAAGCUUGGAGCUUGUGUGGAUCUUUUAGGUGGAUUGAUUCAUAUCGGGUUGGGUGACCCUGUGGUGAACCAAUGUUGCCCAAUUCUUGCUGGGCUAGUGGAGCUUGAGGCUGCCGUAUGCUUAUUUGCUUGUUACUUGUGGCAAGACUCCUCCUCCUGGUUACACUUGUUCUAUUUAAGUUUUCAAGAUCCCAUUUUAGGGGUUGGGUACGUUGAUGAAUCCACUGAUGAAAUUGUUGAGGAUGUCGACUUAUCCAAAAAUCUCUUUGUUUGGAGUGAUUAAGUAACUUUUCGAUUGUUUUGAUUGAUGUUUAAUGUAAGUUGGAGAUCAUUUUUUUUGUUUGAAAGAUGAUUAGUUAUUGUUUAAUGCAUGGUUUGUUGUGUUGAUGUAAGGAAUUAAAAGCAGUAAUUAAUCAAGGCAUUGAAUGUUUUUACUUAUUAUUUCUCUUCUUUUUGCAAAAAGGCUUCUAGUCCACUGGUAUGCAAAAGGCUUCUAGUCCACUGGUGUUAAGAGUUAAGACGUUUGCCCUCUCUAUUUGUGGUCAAAGGUUCAAUACGGGUUUGAGAUAUAUGUGUCAUGUGGAAUUAAGAGUAAUUUUGGG